AUGGAUCCCGAUGGCUCUAACAUUGGCCAUGACGCAGCUGUCAUUCCAGUGGCUUCUGCUACCCCCAUUCUUUUAUCUGGAGUGACUGCAGCUGAUGCUCCAGUUGUCUCGGCUGUACUGCUUUCAGAUUCCUCGGAUGUGCAACGAAACAAGAGAGGAAGAGAUGCCCCCAGUAGGAGAAGGAGGAAUACGUUCAGCAGUAACCAUCAUGAAGAAGAACAAGAAGAAAAGCGAGAAGUGACCCAACAUCCUCCACAACAACAACAGAGACGGACCAGCAGAAAUGACAAGUUCGUCACAGCCAGAAGAGAACAAGACGAAAGAUUUGCUGCUACAAGAGCAGUCACGUCCACAACGGCUGCCAAACAUGGACUCAGACGAUCAAGACAAUAUCCUGCAGUUGGAAACAGCAACAACGGUGUAUUGGAUUCUUCAGUCGUCUACUCUCCAAUAACCGAACGUGUUUUGACUCCUGUAUCGAUUCAGCCCAAGACGGAUGCUGUCAAUGAUGCACAAGAAAUUUGCUCAACUACCGAACCUGACAUUGAAGUACAGGAAAUCACCGAGACUGCAGAACCACCACCUCCAGUCAGUUCCUUUACUCGGACCGCAAUUCCAUCUACUGGUAGAGGCACAAGCAAUGCCGUCAACGAAAGUAACAAUCUUCAAAACACCAACCAGACAAGUGAUGAUGAGUAUGUCAGUUGUGCUUGUAAAAUAUCAAAAAAGAUUUGCUGGGCUCUUCUCAUAGCUGCUGUCAUUGCAGUGACCAUUGCAGUGGUUGUUACUAUCGUUGGCACUGGGGGUGAUGAAGUUGAUCCUGUCAUUGGAGAUUCCAUGGCAACAGAGACAACCAGACAACCUACUACGAAGAUCCCCACAGUAGCUCCUUCAACAAAUUGGUCAUCUCUUGCCCCAUCCAAAACAACAAUACUGGACCCUACCUUCAUCGCACCAACCACUGCAAAUCCAACAGCUGGUCAAUGGUCUCACAGUCCCAGUCCACCAACAACAACUCUUGCCCCAUCCAAAGCAGCAAUACUGGACUCCAACAGCAUCGCACCAACCACUGCAAAUCCAACAGUUGGGCAAUGGUCUCACAGUCCCAGUUCACCACCAACAAUAAGUCAAACUGCCAUGAUACAAGAAACAGUGAACUUGUUUGGUGUUACCUACAGUGUUGCCACUACUUCUGGAAUUGAUCGACAAAAUGCAGGUCUCACUGGAACUGUUCCCACAGAGAUUGGCUUGUUGACUGCACUAGCUUAUUUAAACUUGGAACACAACAGCUUGUCUGGAAGCAUUCCAAGUGAGAUUGGAUUAUUGACAAGAUUGACUUAUUUGGACUUUGGUCCCAAUGACCUGAAUGGAUCCAUUCCUUGCGAACUUGGAUUGAUAUCCACAUUGAUUUUUUUGGAGUUGGAAGAGAACGGCUUGGAAGGUGACAUUCCAUCGGAGCUUGGAUUGUUGACUAGGUUGACUGCAUUAUGGUUGCAUCAGAACAGUCUGGGUGGAAGCAUUUUUAGUGAGAUUGGAUUCUUGACUUCAUUGACUAGGAUGAGCCUGCGUGCCAACAGGGUGGAUGGUAGCAUUCCAAAGGAGUUUGGAUUCUUGACUGGAUUGAGUCACCUGAAUUUGCAUCACAACAAUCUGACCGGAAGGGUACCAUCUGAGCUUGGAUUGAUGACCACGUUGACUGGGUUGUGGUUGAAUACAAACAACCUGGUAGGUGAUAUCCCAACUGAGAUUGGAUUCCUGACCUCCCUUACUCGGUUGAGCUUGCGGGAAAACAGUUUGGGAGGUAGCAUUCCAGCAGUCAUUGGAAGGAUGACCUCAUUGUCUAUGUUGGACUUGAAUGUGAAUAACUUGAGUGGCAGCAUUCCAUCUGAGCUUGGUUUGUUGACCAAGCUGACUAUUUUGUACUUGCAUGAAAACCAGUUGUUAGGCGCAGUGCCCAGCAAUCUGUGUUCCAACCCCGGUCUACUUCAAAUGUGGGUUGAUUGUGAUCCAGAUCCCUUUCCCGUGGAAUGUAUAUGCAGUGAAUGCUCGUGUCUUUGA